CAGUCCAACGUGCGAGUUCGCAGCUCCAAGCUCCAAGCGGUCCGAUUCGCCUUUCUUGAGGGGCCAGGAUUUUUGAAAGUGACUAGUGACUACUACUACAACUACUACCACAUAGAGUGGCGGAAAAUGUGCGGUUAGCCGUUAGAGGGUGUCAUAGCCAGUGUGUCCGACAGUGUAACCGACAGCUAACACGAAAAUAAAAUCAAACCAAAUAGAAUCGCAGUCCAAUCGAAUCCAGAUCAAUCCAAUCUCUAACUCAAGGAGAAUCGAUUUGGUAGCCUGUGGAUACGAGAUACGCGGCGCGGAGUUUCAGUCAAAAUGUUUCCGCCGCGGUUACUUCGAAUCGCAUUUGUGAUAUGCCUGCUGAUUGUCUUGCUCUCACCUUCCACCGACAGCGCACAGACCAAGACCCGCCGGCGUUUGCGUCGCCCCCCCACCUCCUCGAUCGAGACCAAAAAGUCCACGGAAGCCCCAGUGGCGGAGAAGCGUAUUGAUCAGAUCACCGCCUCCACCACCACCAGUGCCCGGCGCACCCGACUCCGCUCCAAGGCGAAACUGGGCGCAGCUGCUGCCGGAGCAGCCGCCGGAGCUACUGCCCUGGUGGCCAGCGGAUCCUCGCUGAAGGGCAAGAAGACCAAGGUAGACGAUGGAACGCCCAAGAUCGUGUGCUACUACACCAACUGGUCGCAGUACCGUGUCAAGGUCGGAAAGUUCGUGCCAGAGGACAUUCCCGCCGAUCUCUGCACCCACAUCAUUUUCGCCUUUGGCUGGCUGAAGAAGGGCAAGCUGAGCUCCUACGAGUCCAAUGAUGAGACCAAGGACAACGUCCCCGGACUGUAUGAACGAAUGAUGAAUCUGCGCAAGGCCAAUCCCAAGCUGAAGAUCCUUCUGGCUAUUGGUGGAUGGUCUUUCGGCACCCAGAAGUUCAAGGACAUGUCCGCGACUCGCUACACCCGCCAGACGUUCGUUUACUCCGCCAUUCCCUUCCUCCGCAAACGCGGCUUCGACGGCCUGGACAUGGAUUGGGAAUACCCCAAGGGUUCCGAUGACAAGAAGAACUUUGUACUGCUGCUGAAGGAGCUGCGCGAAGCCUUCGAAGCUGAGGCCCAGGAGCUGAAGAAGCCUCGCCUCCUGCUCUCCGCCGCCGUGCCCGUGGGUCCCGACAAUGUCCGCGGUGGAUACGAUGUCCCUGCCAUUGCCAGCUACCUGGAUUUCAUCAACCUGAUGGCCUACGAUUUCCACGGAAAAUGGGAGCGCGAAACUGGCCACAACGCCCCGCUCUAUGCCCCCUCCUCUGACUCCGAGUGGCGAAAGCAGCUGUCUGUGGACCACGCCGCUAGUUUGUGGGUGAAGCUGGGCGCUCCCAAGGAGAAGCUGGUCAUCGGCAUGCCCACCUACGGACGCUCCUUCACUCUGGCCAAUGCGGACAAGCACGGCCCUAACGCCCCCGCCUCAGGCGGCGGACGCGAAGGUGUCUACACCAAGGAGAGCGGUUUCCUGGCUUACUACGAGAUCUGUGAGAUGCUCCUGAACGGCGCUGUCUACGUUUGGGAUGAGGAGAUGAAGGUGCCGUACCUGGUGGACGGAGAUCAGUGGGUCGGCUUCGAUGACGAGCGCGCCAUCCGUAACAAGAUGCAAUGGAUCAAGACGAACGGCUUCGGAGGCGCCAUGGUCUGGACCAUCGACAUGGACGACUUCAAGGGUGAGGUGUGCGGGGGCAAUGUCAAGUACCCCCUGAUUGGAGCCAUGCGAGAGGAGCUGUUGGGCAUUUCCCGAGGCAAGGAGGCCAAGGAUGUUAACUGGACGGCAGUGGCGGCCACUUUCGAGGACAUUGAAGAGGUAUAUUUCCUAUCAGGGUGUAUGAGACUCUAUCUAACAAUUGUGGUUUACUUUCAGAAACCGGAACCCAUCAAGAUCUCGGUGGAUGAGAUCCUCAACAAGGUGCGAAAGCCCCAGGUCCAGAAGAAGCAGCGCAUCAAGGGUGGUUCCAAUGCUAUUGAAACGAAUUCUCGCCCUGCCCAGGUGUUCUGCUACCUGACGAGCUGGUCCGCCAAGCGUCCAGGUGCCGGAAAGUUCCAGCCCGAAAACAUCGAUCCCAAGCUCUGCACCCACAUCGUCUAUGCCUUCGCCACGCUCCAGGACUACAAGCUGACGGAGGCCACCGACGAUGACCCGGAGAACUACGAGAGCGUGAUUGCCCUGCGAGAUGCCAAUCCUGACCUGCAGAUCCUUUUGGCCAUCGGAGGAUGGGCCUUCGGCUCUACGCCCUUCAAGGAGCUCACCUCGAACGUCUUCCGCAUGAAUCAGUUCGUCUACGAGGCCAUCGACUUCCUGAGGGAUUACAAGUUCAAUGGAUUGGAUGUCGACUGGGAGUAUCCUCGUGGUGCCGAGGAUCGAGUGGCCUAUGUCAGUCUGCUGAAGGAGCUUCGUGUGGCCUUCGAGGGAGAGGCCAAGUCCUCUGGACUGCCGCGACUCCUUCUUACCGCCGCCGUGCCCGCCUCCUUCGAGGCCAUCGCUGCCGGUUACGACGUGCCCGAGAUCUCCAAGUACCUGGACUUCAUAAACGUGAUGACCUACGACUUCCACGGCCAGUGGGAGCGCACGGUGGGCCACAACUCGCCUCUGUUCGCCUUGGAAUCGGCCACCGGUUACCAGAAGAAGCUGACUGUCGACUACAGUGCCCGGGAGUGGGUGAAGCAGGGUGCUCCCAAGGAGAAGCUCCUCAUCGGCAUGCCCACCUACGGACGCAGCUUUGAGCUGGUGAACGACACCCAGUUCGAUAUUGGAUCCCCCUCAUCCGGCGGCGGCAAGGCUGGCAAGUUUACCAACGAAGCCGGUUUCCUCAGCUACUACGAGGUGUGCUCCUUCCUGGCGGCCGACAACACCACCCUCGUGUGGGACUCGGAGCAGCAGGUGCCCUUCGCCUACCGCGGCAACCAGUGGGUGGGCUUCGAUGACGAGAGAUCGCUGAAGACCAAGACCGAGUGGCUGAAGGAGCAAGGCUUUGGCGGCAUCAUGGUGUGGUCCAUCGACAUGGACGACUUCUCCGGCCGUUGCGGCAACGGCAAGUACCCCCUGCUGACAGCCCUUAGCGAUGAACUGAAGGACUACAAGGUGGCGCUGGAAUACGAUGGACCCUAUGAGUCCCAUGGCCCCCGAGGAGCCUACACCACAAAAGAUCCUCAUGAGGUGACCUGUGCCGAGGAGGAUGGCCACAUCAGCUACCACAAGGAUUGGGCCGACUGCACCCACUACUACAUGUGCGAGGGCGAACGGAAGCACCAUAUGCCCUGCCCGGCCAAUCUGGUGUUCAAUCCCCAGGAGAAUGUCUGCGAUUGGCCCGAAAACGUUGAAGGAUGCCACGAGCCGACGGAGGCGCCAGCCUAAGAUCCCCUCCAGAAAACUUUGGAGCGGGACGAUGGACCCUUUCCCAACUUUUUGUUAAUAUUAUAUAAACAAAAUCGAUGCCCUAGGAUAAGCCGUAAAGUGAAACUGCCACGAAACUCUUUUGCUGCCGCCCCCCAAAACUCCACUAACUAUGAAAAAAUACUCGAAAACUUGCUAAAUUUCGGCUGAAUUUUUUUAAAACUAAAUAUUAGGUCUAACUAGUGUUGUAAGUAGUUUUUAUGUCUUAGUUACAAAUUCGCACAGAGAAGGAACUCAAAAACCACAAACUACAUACUCUACUACCCAGCCGUGUACUAACUUUCGUAUUUGACUUUAAAUUCGAGGUAAAAAAAAGGUUUAUAUGGAAGAAGCGUCCGACCCUUCUAUAUAGAAAACUGUGAUAAUCAUAAGAAAGACCAACAACCAGAUCGGCCAGAAGUCACUAUUCAAAAUUAUCUCCAAAAUAAAAAAAGACAGUAGUUUCCGCUAA